AUGUCGUCGGCGGAGAAGGGACCCUCCGUGGUCCUUCUGACCACGGCUUUUAUUCUGUCGGCCACGAUUGGCGUCUUGGCCAUUCUGAGUGCCGAGCUGAACCGAGAAAUGCGCAGUUUGCGGGUGGAGCUGGACAAAAGUGCUAGUGAAUUCAUGGUAAGCGGGAAGUGUUUUAUGAGGGUGAAAGAGAUUGCGGAACACUGGUUGUCCCGGCAUUAAACAUGCACUCAAAUGUUUGGGAUAUGGGAAAAAGUUCUUUAUUCUGGCCACAACAAGGGUACUCCGCGAACUGCGCCCAAGCUUGGGAACUAAAGUUAGGAAAAAAGGCUUCGACCUAGCUGGCACUGAGCUCUAAAGUUUUAAGGGUGCCUGCAAAGGCUAUGAAGACUCGUUUAUUUUUAUACGGAGGCAAUAAGUUAAGUUCCGGACGAGGUUUCAUCGUAUAAAGCGUAAAAUCGCAAGCUGCAGCCGUUUGAAAGGUAAGGUAGUGCGUAAAACAUGGUACCUCACUAACUAAAUCCACUGUCCGGACAUUGAGAAAGAUGAAUUGAGCCUGCACGCUAAAUUUGGGCUAAUUCUGACCAGUUUCCGCAAAGUUAUAAGUUGUGGCCAGAAUAAGGAACUUUUACCGGAAUAUGUAAUUUUUUACAUAAAAAAAUUGCCAUCUUAUGCUUUCCUUUCCAGGCCUCCACCAACGACAUUUGGGACAAUGUUCAACGUUUCAAACGAGAGAAUCGAAUCAAAACAAAACGCGGCGCUGGUUUCCAACACUUUCCUCCGGUUUACCGCCAGCCACCGCCAACAGCUAGUUACCGCAUUGGUGGCCCGAUAUUCAAGACUCAUCUUGUACUUGGCAGUGGGGCUGCAGUUCCAGCGUCGUAUUACCAACCGCAGUAUCAGUAUCCCGCGUAUCAGCCAGCCGGCUACGUGUAUCAACAAGUUGUGCAUACAGGCUUCCAACAGCCAGUAUAUCAAACCCCGGUUAGCUAUCAGGUUCCUCAGGGUUAUCAGACUCACCAGACUCGCCCAGGAUAUGUGGUAAACCAAGGAGGAAGGCCGAAUCCUCCGCUAGGGAGUAUUCCCAGAACGGCAACUACUGGAGGCUAUACAAAGCCUACGGCGAGAAAAAGUGGUGGAGAUUAUAUAGGCGGGAGUCAAAGCGGAGCCGGAGCCGCGUUAGGUGCUGGAGCCGGAGAUAGCGGAGAUGAUGGAGCCGGUCCGGGAUGCAGUAAGUUCUACGGCGCUCGUUGGCAUUGGCCACAUUGCUUUAGAUUGCGGCCCAUCACCCACGACUUGCCCGCCAGGUCCACCGGGACCGCCCGGUGAAAGGGGAGAACCUGGAGGUGAGAUUGUUGAACUACUCCUUUAAAAUUGAUUUUUGUCGCUAAAUUUGCAUUUACUUUAAGAGCCUGGAGAACCUGGAGGAGCCGGAGAGCCUGGCCCGCCCGGAGAAGAGCUCCAUUUCAAGAAGAUCGAUCCUCCCUGUCUGAAAUGCCCAAUGGGCCCUCCAGGACCACAAGGGCCUCGAGGAGAGCAAGGAGAAGAUGGCGAAGACGGCGUUGACGGUAAUGACGGAUUCCCUGGCCAUGACGGAAUCCCCGGACAGCCGGGACUUCCCGGCGACGUUGGUCUUGUCGGCCCGCCCGGCGAAACCGGCCGACCUGGGCAUCCUGGUGCUGACGGCGAACGUUAUCUCACAGUUCCCGGCCUCUCAGGACCUCCAGGUCCAGCGGGACCUGCCGGCCCUCCAGGUGACAUCGGACCGCCCGGGCGGCCUGGUGGGCCCGGUCAAGUUGGGGAACCUGGUGCUGCUGGACCUCCGGGACGUGAUGGACUUCCGGGCUUCCCCGGCACACCCGGAGAGGCUGGAAAAGACGGCUUUGAGAGAGGUUACUGCCCAUGUCCUCCUCGAGUUCUGGGCUCACUACCUAACGAUAAGUCACGUGUGUGGAAUAGUGUGGCCGCUGAGAAACCGCCAACUCCGGGGCAAGUUAGACUUCCUGUAAUCGCCGUCAGACAAGGAACCACAGCAGGUCAGCACAAAAAGAGUAGAAGAAAGAAGACCCAUCGUCGACGAGGCAACUUGAUCUCCAACUAAUCACAUUACUGUAAUUACAAAAUAAACUUGAGACUCCAGGACUUGACGGUGCGCAUUCAAGGUCACAGAUCAUGCGUUAUUUUUCAGCUGUUUUGUGCAACGAGUUGGUUAAAGCCCGGAGAUUAAGCUGUAAAAAUAAGUCUAUUAACCUAUAACAAAAAUGGGUAUUACAUUUUAACUUCUUUGUAAACAGAUCCGAAGGUCGACCCAGCGCCUCUUCGGAAUCACGGGUUAUCAAUCCCGACGUUCCGAUGGGUCAAUUUUACACUGACCCGAAACUUAAGUGGCAAUCAUUGACUGAUGACGUCAAAGACCCGAUGCGAUUAGCUCGUUAAGUGUAUUAAAAAGUCGAGGAAGGACAGUGUCGAAACAGUGUGUAAUUCCAACAACCGGAAAUUCUUGAGGCGGCGGGUGGAACGGCGGGCUGUCACAUUUGGGGUCCGCUACGGUAAACGUUGAGAGUCAAGGGUUGAAUCUUUCGACUGAAGCUGCUGGGAGGUGAGAUAUUGGGAUAGAUUGGGUGAAUAUUAUUGAUUUCUUUACCUCCACUAAAACUUGACACUUGAUUCUCGAUCAUUCACGUCAAAAAACAUUGGCUUGCGUUUUAAAAUAAAUGGGAGUUCCGAGAUGUAAAAAUGAAAUUUAAACUUAUAUUGGGCACUUGACAUCCCGACAGAAAUCGGUUUGUUUGAACUCUCAUAACAUACAUAUAGUGCAUUUGACCCUCGAGUGUUGUUUUUGUAGAGGCUUGUUGUUUACGUUGCAGAUAGGUAUGUUUGUCGGAAAAAUAAUGAGAAAUAGUGGCGUCUUGGAAUUAUCCAUAAUUCCUUUGCGGUAGCUAGCCGCGACUGGGAGGUUUUCGACUGCGGCGGGACAUUUUCCUGCGACAAUUCCACAUUGAUUUCCCGACAGAGUGAUGGGUAUCUUACUGCCAAAUAAGUUCUUUCCGUUAGGCCUCAAGGUGCGUGUGAGUCGCUGAACAGCAUUUUGUACUCGUUUACCGUUCUUAUAAAGACGUGAUGCCGACCAAAAUAGCCCUAAACUAAUCUUUUUUCAGAGCCAUGAGACCGCUUCUUCUUCUACUCCUUCUGCUCGCCCUUGUCCAACCAGCCACCGCUUGGUUUUGGACCAAAUGGUUUACAACCACAAAGACCUCAUCAACAGUGGUUCGAAGAGCAUCGUCAGCUCACCACUACGGCCGCCGAGGCUAA